AUGGAUUCCCUCAAGCUAGUCAAGAACACCACAAAAGCAUGGGACGCCCUUGCUACCAAGCUGUUGGAAGUUCCCGGGUUCGGUCGGACGACGUUGGAUGGCAAGAAGGCAGCGAACAGGUUCUACCAGCUUCUGCGUGUGCAUCGGCGGUUCCAGCAGAGCUCGCAAUACCUGUCUGGAGUCGAGCAGGAAGAGACGGGAAAGAUCGUCCUCUUGGACGAGCUGGUCCAGCUGUUCGACGAGGCCAUGGACCAACGCAACGCGGACCGAGCAGCCAUGCAUGCCAAGGUGACGGAGAAGGAGGCGGCAGCGUCAUUCCUCCGAGACCAAGCAAUGCAGAGUGGUAAGCGCAAGUCUGUCGAGACUGACGAAUCUACGGACAUUGAUGUUGUUGGGCGCAAGCGCAAAGCGAUUUUUGAAUCGCACGAGCGCGGGAUCGAGCUCGAGAGGGAACGAUUGGCGUUUGAGAAGUACAAAUUGCAGAUGGAGCUUGAAGAGCGCGAAAAGGAGAGGCUAGAGCGGAUUCAACAACGCGAAUUCGAGAUGAAACGAAACGAUGACAUUAUGUCGUUGCUUCUGCAGUUAGCGUCUAAGUUGCAGAAGGAAUAA